AUGUUAAAGAAUUGCUACAUUCCCAGAGAGUUCUGCUACGUCUGUGGUCGGGCUAUCGAAGGAGACGAGCCAGUUCAUGCAUUGGUUGGCGUGUUUCACAGGAAAUGUUUCCGAUGCCAUAAAUGCCAGCGAUUUCUCACAUUAGACAACUGCACCGUUGUCAACAGAAAGUUACACUGCGAUCCAUUUUGUGAAGCCGCGACCCAACUCCCAACCAGUUUGGUUUACACUGUCCCGAGAAAAAUGGAGCACGGAAGCAUCCAUGAGCUAACUCGCUCACCGCUAAGGGAUUACAGAACUGAAAAGACAGUCCCAUUAUCAAGGCACCGUUUUAUCGCUGCAGAAGAUGAGCACUGGAAAUCAGAACAACCUUCCGAAGAACCACGCGUCCUACCCCGUCGAUCACCUAUCUUCAGUGAAAAUGUGUGCGGGGCUUGCGGAACGACCACGUUCAACACAGACAACGUAGUGGUAAACAUGGUAGCCUAUCACCGACCUUGCUUCAGGUGCCGUUUUUGCAACCGGAUGUUAGAGCCGGAACGAUACAACAUUAUCGAUGGUGAACCUUGCUGUCAACCAAACUGCGAGAAGUACCAUCCAGAUUAUCUGGCCCGGUCUUAUGUUCGACCAGCGUUCCACUUUCAAACAAGCGCACCGCGUCCAAACCACAUUUCGUUCGUUAAGGCAAACCCAGCUACAUCCUACAAAACACCUGUGCAGGGGUCCACCGAACCCUCAAUUAUCCAGAAUAACUUAUUCCUGUACAGAGGUUCCGAAACUACCCCAACCGAGGAGCGCAAGGGCUUCAGAGAAAGCUUGGGUUCGGCUGCUGAAAAGUACUGUUACUCGUGUGGAAAGCUGGUGUACGCCGCGGAGCAACUUCAUGUGAUGGAAAGGUAUUAUCAUCCAUCUUGCUUUCGUUGCGUCAUGUGCAACCGCGUACUUGACAUUGUGCGCUAUAAUUCGCACGAAGGCCGCCCAUAUUGCUUGCCACAUCACCGACAUGUGAGAUGUAACCGAAGCAGUUCAACUGGAAGCUUGAGGCAUUCCGAUUCUGAAUUGGAUAAAUCUAAUGUUCCUGAGAAUCCACCGUGUGUUGCUGAGACACCCCCCAUUACCGACCACGUUAUUGUACGAACUCGGACGGCACAAUCUCCUCCACCACCGCUUGUAACAUACAGAGAGUAUGCCAAAAGAUAUGUGGGUGAACAACCCAUUCACGUGGAAAUGAGCUAUUCGCGUCCAACAGAAAGUACACGUCAGGUAAAAUCACAACCAGCCUCACCAAGAUUACUGCGGAGCCCACGAAGCGUCACAGUUGAACCGAGGGAAUUGCCUAUUGGUGUUACUCACGACUGGCACCCAUAUCCCACGUCAGAGACAACAGUCACAUUACGCAGAUCAAAUGAGUCAUUCAGGCAACGGGAAUCCGAUAGCCAGUUUUGCCAUUCGUGCAACCGGAUGGUUGAUCCAAAAAACAAGCUGGUCAUUGCGGAGCACGUAUAUCACCCGGAAUGUGCACGAUGCCGCACCUGUGAAAUAGACAUUGGAAAAGCAGCUGGAAAAGUGUUUGGUGGUGUAUUAUACUGUACACCACAUUACUCACAGGCAGUUGCUGAUUACCUGGAAUUCCGUAGAAGGAACACAAGUGAAGAAUCUUCAGAAGAAAGGCGUUUAAGUCGUGCAAGCUCCGCACGAAUGACUCCGAUCGACGAUACUAGCGCCUUCAGAAGAUCUUCAUUCCGUAUAUCUGCUCGUCGUCCCAGCAAAAAUGCGUGGAGUGUUUACGAUAUGGAUACCCAACUACCACAUGACAGCUACAACGGCUCCCAAAGAGCAAUUUCUCAGGACCGCAUAAACCUGAUUAGCGCUGCACCUCCACCUCCCGUUGAACAAGAAACCACCUAUGUUCCCAUAGAGAAAGAAAGGAAGGUAGACAACCAUCAGAUGCAAUUUAAUGCCCACCCGAAUCAUCCAUCUCAAUCUCUAGGCUCCUGUGCUGUUUGCGGCAAGUCCGUAUUCCCAACAAACUACGUACCAUUGUCCGGUCGUCUCUACCAUUUCUACUGUCUGCAGUGCCACACGUGUGGUCGAAACCUCAGCCCUUGGAGUUACCAAGAACUGAACGGAAGACCAUAUUGUUCAAAAGAUUAUGCAAAUGCCAUCAAUGAUCAGUAUGCGACAAAGAUGGCUGAGGAAACACGUGCGCCUAACUGGAGUGACACGGAAUUCGUUGAGGUAAAGCUUCCUCUAGAUAAAACCCGUUGCUAUGUUUGCGGUCAGAAGUCGUUCGCGACCGAAAGUCUCUACGUGAUGGACCGUGUGUAUCACAAGCGGUGUUUCAAAUGCAAUGCUUGUAACGGAACACUUGGUGUUGAGAACUACCAUUCAAUUGACGGUCAGCCAUACUGCAAGGCUCAUUUUCGAGCAAUACUCUCUGCAAAGGGCAUUGAAAAAAUAAGGGACAGACUCCAUGAUCAGGCAAUGGAAAUUGCGGACUUACAUGACCAAGUUUCAACCAUCUGUCAGAAUUGUCACUGUCCUGUCCGGCCUCGCGACUGCAUCAGUGUACUUCAACAAUACUACCACUAUAACUGCUUCAAGUGUGAGAAGUGUGGUCAAGUACUAAAUAUCGGCAAGUUCGAAAUGAUGCAGGGGAAACCGUACUGCCCCGCGGACUUCCUCGCUUUAUUCGGACGCCAAGCAGGGAGAUCCUCAAGACAGUCGUUGACAAAUAUCAGUGAAAUGGUUCGAGAACGAUCAAUCGAAAGACAGCGCUCACUUGAAAGACAGCGCUCAUAUGGAAGACAGCAGUCACUCGAAAGGGACCGGUCACUUGAAAGACAGCGAUCGAACCAGGCGCAUGCUUAUUUGGUUGCCGCCAUUUCUUUCUUACGAGAGCUGCCUGUCAACCAAAUUUUAGACUAUUCACUCACCAUAAUUAGUGGUACUUUGUAA